AUGCAGAAGGUCAUGACCCUAAAAGUCCAAAGCUGGUGUCCGGCCCUGCCAGGGGACCCAGCUCCAUCCCCUACCCCCCAAACUGACAGCAAUAUACGAGAGCGUUUCCGGGAAUGGGAGAUCGCCAACACUCAGUCUCACACACUCUUCACGCCGCUUCGAAGGGAUGAUACCUUUGGGGAUGUUACAAAUACCGAGCGGAAUUAUGAUAUACUAGUUGACAUAGAUUGUGACACGGAGAGCAUCGACGAGGAGAAAUAUCAGCAAUUGUUUGAACGAGAUGAACUAGUUGAUGUCGGGGUCAAACGGACGUUCUUACUUCCAGGAGAUCUUGUAGAGCUGAGAUUUUCAGGUGGUCGUUCCCAAGAGCUCGCCAUUUACAUUCGAGAGCUAGAAUCUCAGGGCCAAUUUUAUACUGCGUCUGGUCGAUGGGCACACCGACAAAUGAGUCAACCAAAAUUCUACGUACCUGGGUUUGUGCAGCCUAGUGAGCUCGAGGAAUUGCUUCCGUACCUCCCAGAAACGGAUGUUACAAAGGAUAUGGAAGACAAGCUGCAACAGUUUACAAAGUCUCUUCCACGGAAUAUUGGCAAGAACCUCCUGAAGAAGAUGGACGACUUUAGGAUGGAUGCAGAUAAGACCUAUCUUGCUGCCGCUUCAGUGCUUGAAAAUGCACACCAAUACGUCUCAGAACAUGGAACCUCGAGAUAUGCAACACUAGAUCAAAUAGCAGAUGUUCUGUUAGAUACUGUUGUGCCGAAAGAUGAAAACGGCACUUACUCGAAGCCUGAUCUCUAUGCCGUUCACCGUGCUAUUCUCAGCUCUGAUAUUGGCUUCCGAGUUCAGCCCAAAGGAACCCUUCGCUCAGGAGGGUCUUACGAAAUUCUUUCUCAAUUGGAAGUCAGCGAAAUGGGCAGGGUUACCCAGUAUAUUAGAGCGUACGCCGAUAGGAUGACACCGACACCUGGAGCUAUAAGAGCCUCUUGGGUACCACUCCUUAGCUUCUUCCAAAAGUGCCGGCGCUUAAUAGAUGAGUCGAGGUUACACCGUGAAUUUACACCUCACGGUACUAUAGGGCCUUGCACGCGGAAUCAGGAUGAUGACAAUCACUACCGAUUGGGCACCCCCGGAGAAGAAUUUACUGGUACGGAUAGCCUAUUUAUCAAAUUCAUUGAGUCUUGGGCGUGCUUAGGCAACUUCAACAGUGGUUCAGCCAUGAAUGGCUUAGCCUCGUCGUUAUUACGCUCCCUAGGACGUUAUAACGAUAGCGUUUUGGACCGAAAAGCGGGGUGGACUUUCUUACAGGAGAUAGGCGCCAUUCCACCCUGGGAAUCUCGGCCUGCAUAUGAACUGCGACUGCCUUCAACUGGUGGUAGAAGGCUUACAACCGCAACAUACCCGCCUUAUCACGAGAAUGCUUUUACUGAGGACAAACUUGUCGGCAUUCGAAAAGAUUGGGGAGAACUUCACGUCUUUUGUAUUGAUCAAGCCGAUGCUCAUGAAAUCGAUGACGGUAUCUCUGUGGAAGCAACCGAGACGCCAGAUGAGUAUUGGGCACACAUUCACGUCGCCGACCCAUCAUCCCUCUUAGAUCUAAAUUCUGAGUUGGUAAAGAAUGCGGAGAGAAUGGUCCAAAGCAUUUAUCACCCAGAACGUUUCAUUUCCAUGCUUCGACGAGACUUCGUUGAAAAGCACUCGAGUCUUGCACCAAACCGACCCUGUCUAACGUUCAGUGCCAGAUUGAACCUGAGUGGGCAACUCUUAGAGUACAAACUGUCAGCUGGUAUCAUACAAAAUGUGGUAUACAUCAGCCCCUCUGUCUUUGAAGGGGUCGCAUCAGGGAGACCUGAAAGCUCUGAGACUGAUGGAGUCGUGCGUAUUGUAGGCUCAGGCUCUACCUCGGCAGCUCCUUCAAGAAGCAUGACCUCAAUUGAACAGCUUUCAGAUGAACAGAAGAGGCAGUUGAAAAUACUGCAUCAAAUUGGAAUUACCAACGCAAAGAAGCUACAUUCAAGAGGGGGCUUUAACCAGGGGCAAGCGAAUUUAGACGUAUCCGUUUAUUUCGACGGCGCCCCGUGGAAGAAGCAGACCCCUCUCUGCAGCGUUCGUCAUCAUGGCGAUCCAACCAUCAAGCUGGUUAUCCCGGAAGAGAAAAACCAACCCAUGGGUGCUUUGGGAUACAUUAUGCAGCUCGCGGGUGAAGUUUGCGCAAGGUGGUGCUCUGCUCGAGGCAUCCCAAUUCCGUAUCGAGUCACUCCUGUCAAUCCAGACAAACAAGAUCCGGCGGAAUACUUCUCCAAAGUCCUUCUCCCGUCUCGGAAUAAGGAAGGUUUCGCACCAUCAGAUAUUACACGAAAAUAUUUCAACUUGGUCGGUGCGGCUCAGCCAUCGCUAACUCCUGGGCCACACAUGACUGUCGGGGCAGAGAUGCUCACCAAGUGCACGAGUCCACUGCGCAGAUUCCCGGAUCUCUUAGUACAUGCGCAGAUAGGUGCUACUCUGCUUGAAGAAGCCCGGCUGGGCAAGCCUCUCGUCGGCAACACAAACGACGAUUUCCUUCCGUACAGUGCGGACCGAAUUAGCGCUCUGCUGCCUCAAAUCGAUACUCGCGAGAGGUCGCUAAAGAAAGCCGAGUCAGAUGCAAAGCGAGUAUGGCUCAAUCACUUUCUUGUACGUGCGUGGCGUUUCAAGCAGGCAGAGCUUCCGCCCACGUUGACUUUUUCCGUCAGAAGCAUCGAUGAGUACAAUGGUAUCAUGGGAGGGAGCAUCGCAGAAUUUUUGACUAGAGGUCAAUGCUCGAUACCGGACUGGCUUGACGCUGAUGAUAUUAAGCCUGAUGAUAAAUUUGAGGUGGAGAUUGCUGAUGUCGAUGUGUAUUGUGACCGAAUUUUACUUACGGCUCUUCGACGCGCAGAGCCUUCUAAGAGCGUGUAG